CGGAUCUGAGGAAUGCGGCGUUCUCACAGAUAUAAACGCUUCCAUCGGGCACACGCAUUAACGCCACAGCCUGAACAGGAAACAAACUACGCGAUCCUCACAGCGAUUGACAUUUAGUCAAAAUGGUAAAAUACAUCGAAAAUCAGGCUCAAUUUGAUCAGGCCUUGAAGGAUGCUGGUGGCAAGCUGGUUGUGGUGGACUUCACCGCUACAUGGUGCCCUCCCUGUCGGAGCAUUGGUCCGAAAUUUAAAGGUCAUUCGGAGAACCCAGAGUUCAGCAGUGUUGUGUUUCUGAAGGUGGAUGUGGAUGAAGCUUCGGACGUUUCAGAAAACUGUAAGAUCGGCAGCAUGCCAACAUUCCACUUCUACAAAAAUGGGAAAAAGAUAGAUGAAUUUUCCGGGGCAGAUGAAAACAAACUGUUGAAGAAACUGCAUCAACAUAAAUGAGUCUUCCCUUCCGACCAUGGGCUGUCCUCCAUCAAUCAGCUAAUAUUCCAAAGUUACUUCUGAAUAAAAUUCAAUUUUGUAUACAAUACACCCUGUGUACCUUUCAGAACUUUAUAUUAAAUUAAUUAAAUACAUACCAUUCUUA